AUGUUCUCCGAACAGAAUAUCCCGAAAGCACUCCAGGAGCGUCUUGCACGUGCAAUAUCACGUGGCUUCACACGAAAAAGAGGGAAUACUAUCUGCCACCCUGAGCUAGCGCCUGCCACGCUAGAGAAAUACGACUAUGCGGUUAGCAAUUGGGCUCUAUGGAGGAUUUCUCGUAAUGAGUCCACUGACCCAGAUUUUCCAAACCUGCCUGUUCCGACUCCCGAGCUUCUGAAACUUCUCGCAGAGUUUUACAUCAAAUCAUGCAAAAGAAUUCCGUCUCAAACUUCGGCUUGUGGUCACUUCACCAGCUUUACGUCAAAGUGGGAGCGAGAAACUUCUCGAUCCCUUCCCAGGGAAGUCAAGAAUGAUGUUCUUAACUUCAUUAGAACCGAAUUAACAGUGAAACAUAAGCUCCCUACAAAGCCCAGAGAGCGCUUCCUGGUCAACGGAAAGGACAUAGAUUACCUGCUUCGACACCUGUUUGUGGAUGACUCUCACGAUUAUGUACAUGAGAGAGUACGCGUGCAGACGGGAAGUUCUCUCUCUUUAUUCGCUGGCUCGGCACCUUUCAUUUCAUCUCAAAUGGAGCAAGGAAAGGGGAUGCUUGAUACGCUGGUUCUUGGAAUGAGUUUUGUCUUCUGGGUAAUCGUUCAUGGGGUGGCGGAUGGUGCCUUUAAGGGACUUGCUACUGUAACAGAGGUUCUUGCCGCAAAGCCACCUAAGGGAAGAGAGUCAUGGACCCUAGAAUGGGACGAAACCGUAAAGAAUCUCCCAUUCUUCAGAAUGGUUGAUUCUGGAGGACCUAAAUCAUCGAAAGCAUUGACUUUCUCGUCGUUGCGGCACAACUUCACCAGCUUGGCCCAGCGCGACGGGUUCAAAGACCAGUUGCGUGUACAUGGGAUUCGAGGAGGCAUUGCAAACAAGAUCGACCCCAAGGCUUCUCAGGCUACUCGUGGGCAGGCUCUUGAUCACCAGAAUCAUGACACCUAUUUGAAAUAUCAGUCUUCACUCAAGGCACUAGAUAUACAGGCCUUAUUCUAUGAUUUAGAGCCUGACUACGAAUGCCGUGAUAUGGAACAAAGCAUGUCUCAUCACCGAGAUCCGAACGUACCACUCCAUCUCAAUGCAGCUACGAUCGCACAGUUCGAAACUGACGAUGAAAUUGUGAAGAUAAAUCAGAGAAUUGCCCACAUAACCCAGGAGAUUGCUGGAAGAUUGGAAGAAAAUAGCCACCUCCAAUUUGAACGGGCUCGUCUUUAUAGCAAGAAAGCAAAAAGAUUGCUAGCCUGGAAGAAGGAUUUCAUCAAAAGCUGGUGGGAUACUUCAUACGCUGAGUAUGUGUCUGGGAACGACUUCUCCGAAUGCGACUCAACAUCUCUUUUUGACAUCUACAAGAAAUAUCUACCAGAGCGCUCCCGUCUCAGCGAGAAUCUCUUGAAGAAGGCAUCUCUAGAUAGUGAAGUUGGUCGACAGUGCCUGGAAGACAUGGUCACUAUUUGCACGUCAAGCGAACGUACCGUUUACUAUCCCGGCAUGGCCCCCGAGGGAGGGCGUUGUCCAAUAUGCGAGAAGUCUAUACUAGAGUGA